GUUGCCAUGAAACUACUCAUACUAAUUUUGACACUUACGAAAACUAUCUCACUAAUAUCUUAAAAAUAACUGACUUAAAUAAUUUACCACUUCCGCCCACCGACUUAACUACUUUAAUUAAUUUCUAUCUUAACCCGCCUACUCAUACUUGCCCGCCUUGCUCUCUGCCUCAUUUACCCGAACCUCAUGUUUGCCCGCUUAACCAAAUUAAUUGUUCGCACACUGACUACGAGCAAAUUAAAACUGAACGAGAUAAGUUAAAUGCUAAGUUAAACCAAUCCCAACAAGAUUAUCAAAAACUCCAAAAUAAAUUAGACCAGCAAGAACAAGAAAUUAUUAAUUUGCGAGAAUUAUUGAAGCAACCACCCACUAUUAUUAGUAAAGAUAAAGAGGAAUGA